AUGCAGGUAAGCGAAGAAGACAACAGGACCGCAGUUCCUUGUCAUGAGUGGGACUACUACAUCGCAAACAAGGCAGACAGCAUCGUGAGCCGCUUCGACCUAGUUUGCGACCGAAAGUAUCUCUAUGACCUGUCCUCGCUCGCGCCUAUCAUCGGUUCCGCCCUCGUGGCGCCGCUGCUCGGCUUGGUAUCAGACCGCGCGGGCAGGAAGCCGGUGAUGAUAGCAUGCGCGUUCGCCCAGCUCUUCGCCACCAUCGGAUGCAGCUUCUCGGAGACGUACUCGUUCUUCAUCUUCACCCGGUGCCUGCUCUUCGUAGCGACCGACGUCACCUUUCUCAACACAUUUAUCUUGAUCCACGAGGUCACUGGAAACGCACACCGCACUACGUUCACUAUCCUCGACACUGCAGUACCGGCCAUCAUAGUCCCUCCGCUGAUGCACGCGCUGUCUCUCCUCGAACCGCGCUGGGUGCUGGCCCAGGCGCUCCCCGUCCUUGGAGGCGUCAUGCUUGCGGCUUGGUGCUGUCUGCAGGAGGAGUCGCCCACCUGGCUCAUCGCCACACGACACAUCGCUAGAGCCGAGAAAGCGGUACUGCUGGCAGCCAAGGAAAACGGCGUGGACGUGGCAAAGGCCCGGGCGACAUUUACGGUCAUCAAGGAACAAUUGUACAAGUUGGACGAUGAUUCCCCCAAUGCGGCUACAAUGGAGCGCGUAUUGGAGGCUGUUAAGACGCGACGUCGCGCAAUAUCCGCCCUUCUGGCCAGGUUCGCUUUGGACGCCACAUUCAUCGGCGUCACCAUUAGCGACGUGACCACAGGGAUUUUCUGGGAGGUGGCACAUGUCAUCGCGUUUGCGGGCUACGUGGCUUCCAUCUGCGUUUGCAUACGGCGAUACGGUGUAAGGGGACUCUGUCCAGUCUACUGGUCAUCCUGA